AUGUGGCUGAACAUGCAUAAGUUGAUGUUGUGUGACUCAGCCAGCAACUUCUGGAAGUUGGAUUCUAAAGCCGGUCAUUCAGCAUUGGAGCCAGACAACUAUCGUCUAAUUGCCUUGGAGUGCUGCCUGCUGAAGUUCAUGACACUCCUUGUUGAUCGCAGGUUAGGCAGUGCUUCUGAGUUUCAUCAGUGGAUGGCAGCAGAGAAGAAAAAGCCUUCUUGGGUUGGGGACAUCAUCCUUGUACUCUCAUACCUUCAAGUCCCUGUUGUCCUGAAGCCUGUCCACCUUGCCGACCCUGACUCAAUUCAAGAGCUUAUAGCAGAGGUCAAGGUGUCCUGUGCAUGUACUCUACAGGCAGACAUCAAUGACUCCGAAAAAACCAUUCUGUUGAAGAAUCUUGUCACCGCCACUGGUCCUGUCAAGUUGUCAGAUGUGUUGAGCUAUCAGCAUUAUCUCAAUGUUGUCAUGCCUGGACACUGCAAAGUGCUGACACAGCUCAUGACUUUGUGCCACACCCUUGCCGUGAAUUGCCUUCAAUGGGAUUCUCUGUGGCGAAGAGCCAUUCCACAGGAGCUGAGGUUAUGUCGUUUCUGUCACACUGAAGUUGAGGAUGACUGCCAUGUGAUGCUCUACUACAUCACAACUACAGCACUUACAGAGAAAAGGGGUGUCUUUUUUUCAGAUGCUCAGCGGGUCCUGCUGGGAGUCCGGACUGCAGUCUUAGCUCUUCCUUCUCCAGACUUGUUGCGUUUUUUACUUGGCGAAAAGAGAGUUGUUGGGAUCCUUGCAAAAUAUGUGUUUGAUGUCCUCGGCAUUUUUGACGCAGUUGAAUGUACCAUUUCUGUUGCAGAUAAGAUGGUCAAGGUCAGUCGUGCUCCUCCUGGGUUAUGUUGUCUGUCGGAAGCCGGUUGUUCCUCAUUGGGACUGCUCCAGAAUACAUCUACUCUACUCUACUCUACUCAUGAUUCCAACUAUGCUACUUUCACUCAAUGUAACACUUCAGGCAGUGACGAAUAUGAAGGGCCACAUAUGUACCAAAACCAGUGUUCCCCUGACAUGUUUGCUCUCAAUUUAUAA